AUGGACAUGGAUGACGAAGACAAGAAAUCUGCUUUCAAUGAGGUCGACAUUUUAUCAACUCUAAAUCAUCCGAAUAUUAUACGCUAUAUAGAAAGUUUUAAGGAUGAGGAUUCCCUACAAAUUGUCAUGGAAUACGCAGAUGGUGGGAACUUAGCCCAGUUGAUAAAUCUAAAAAAGCAUAAAAACGAUGUCUUCACGGAGAUAGGAAUUUUGGACAUAAUUUCCCAAAUAAGUGCUGCUCUUUCUUACAUGCACUCCAAGAGAAUAUUACAUAGAGAUUUGAAAACUGCCAAUGUCUUCAUAGGCAUGAAUGGUACAAUAAAAUUAGGAGAUUUCGGUAUUUCAAAAAUGUUGAACACCAAAUCACAGGCACAUACAGUUAUCGGGACGCCCUACUACUUAAGUCCUGAAAUGUGUGAAUGUAACGAUUACAACGCAAAGUCUGACAUUUGGGCCUUGGGCUGCAUUUUGUAUGAACUGGCCAGUUUGAAGAAGCCAUUUAGUGCUCAAAAUUUGCCGGUUCUAGUCCAAAAAAUAACAGCGUGCGAAUAUGACAAUAUUCCUCAGUUCUACUCAACAGAUUUGUCUUGUCUUGUGAAUAUAAUUCUCCAGAAGAAUCCCGCAAAUAGGCCUUCUGCUAACGAAAUUUAUGACGUUUUAAUUCCAAAAAUUCAAGAGAAGGUGAUGGAUAACGACCAGAACCAAAGGUAA